CAGUUUGUGUCGAGUUCCCCUACGGUGAUGUGCUAGGUUUCGUCGAGUCUGCCCGUCGUCGUCGUCGUUGUCGUUUUCAGUUCAAAGUGCCGAAGUUCAGCUAGAAGUUCAGCCAGCCUACAAGCUCCAGCCCAGCGCAAGCCAGCCAGCUAGUGUUUUGGCCUACGGUCGUGGUCAAACCGGAGUUUUUCGAGAUCACGCCCAACCUUCCUGCCCACAGCCUGCCUCUCCAAGCCCGUCUCCACGCCGUUCCCAGAAGCUUUCUUCUCCCGGAACGGUAUCAGCGUUAGGCAAAGAGAGAGAGUCACACCCGGGUACCUGUCCGUCAGGAAGGCGCAGCAGCAACUCCAGGUUCUUCCAGGUUCCAGGCGCGAAGCGUUGCAAUCGCGCGUGCGGUUUUUUGGCGUGAGCGGACGAAAGCGGACAUUUCCGAGGAGCACCGUGUGGCCACCAAUUGCCGCCGUUUGGCCGCCAAACAAGCCGCGUCCCCCUUUUGGAACUGGAAAAAAAUCAGCUGUAACACAGAAAACGUAGGCAAAACAGGCAGCUCUAGCAACAACAACAACAACAAAUCAACAACACGGCAACAACCAACAACAACAACUCAGUGCAUAUAAUCAGAGAAGGAAAAAAAAGAGUUACAACAAGUGAUGGUAAUCAUAACGUAAGAGAGGCAGACGGCGAAGCAAAAGAGUAGAGAAAAAAAAGAAGUGAAAUUAUAAAUAAAAAUAUGAAAAGGAAAGUGAAUUGAAUCUCGACGAAAGCAACAACAGCAGCAGCACAGCGAAAGGGUGAACCGAAACGAAGUCGAAAAAUAAAAAGAAGAAGAAAAAGAAGUUGAAGGUGUGAAGUUGCAGAAAACUUCCACGAAACGAAAAAAAAGAAGAAGAAGUAGCAGCAGUUGAAGAUUUAGUUUAAAUCAUUCCGAAAAGUGCACGCGAAAACAUGUUUUUCUCAAGCCGCAGCAUAUGAUAAUGAUAAAGAGUGAGUCCAGUGCUAUUAACAGAGCGAACCAAGGUAACGAUUGGGGGAGUCCCUGGGCGAGUCUCUUGAAACCCAUUGAUGAAGUGGUCCGGGAAGCACUCCCAAAUCGUCGGUCUUGAGCGCAACACACCCACCAAACUAAACCCUUACUCUGUCCAGGUCGUCGAAGUCCCCCCCUUAACGUUUCGACGCCAUCCCGCGAAGCCCGCGCGAGCAGAAUUCAUCUACGCUUCCCCUAUGAAGUAAGAUGUUAGGUCCCACCAAAUGGAGACUCCUAACGAUAGUCGCCGGAAUAUUGCUCGCCCAUGCCAUUGAAUCGCCGAACAGUGCCAAGAGCAACAAGCUCAAGGGUUCAACGGUGCGGACGUUCUCGAAUCCCGACCUGGGCCUGCGGAUAGAACAGAUCGAGCCGUGGGGCAGCCGAACGAUCACGUCGCGGAACUUGCUGGUGCCACACGACACUUUUUCGAACGUGGACAAUGUGCGGUACAUUGACAGCAGGUCGGCGAAUAGUCGAUUGCUGAGGAACACUUUUGGAGCAUUUAGAUUCGCUGGGCCUCCAGCCCAGCCACAGCCACCAUAUCGGCCUGCAGUCAAUCAACGAACGGCCAAAAGUUUCCAGAACCGUCGUUCAGACAACCCUCAACCACAGCCAAUAGUUCCGGAAGUUCUUCCGGAGUCUGCUCUGCUAUACCAGGAGCCACAACGAAUCUUGGAGCUUCAAAAUGUGACCCGAGCGCGUCAGUACCGCUACAAGGUCAUCCCCAUCAACUACUUCUACCAGGAACCCAAGUUCCCUCCGGUCUACAACCCCAUUCCGAACAAUCUUCCUCCAAAGACCACCCAGAAUGACGAGCCCCAUGAAGAGGACUUCCCUACCGCGGACGAUGCCGACGCUGCUCCCUCAGGGAACGCAUCAUCCGUGGUACCGGACUCCAACGCCAUGGGCGCUCGUCGUUCCGGGAUCCAGUUCCCACCGGGACCGUACAAGGUCGCUAACCCCUUCACCCCGCAAGGCUACAACGAGGAGAGCUUCGCCUACACCGACACUCUUAAUCUCUACCAACGGCCAGUCAACACCGCCGAAGAUUACGAAGACCCGAUAGAACCGUACGACACUCGGCAGCAACGGGCGCAGUCUCCAACCGCCUCCCCGGUUAUGCCAACCGAGCUGGAACCUUCCGCAAGCUCCGAAAUCUCCCGAAACAUGUACGCAUCCCGCUUCUUUCGGGACUUUCCCCGACCUCCCCAGCUUGACCUCCGACCGGCGGAAUCCAUCCACCGACCAUCCCGUCUCAUCGAGUUCCCCGGUCUGGUUAACGUAAAGCAGCCGGUCAUGCCCUUCCGGGAGGAUGUCACCAAGUUCGGAGACGUCAACGGACCCAUCACAGCGGUUCAGCGACCGUACAUCGACUACGGGGAUGGCAAGCGGUACCGGGCGUACGAUCCGAACUACUACGUGGAUAGUCCGUAUCAGCCGCAAGGGUUGGCCAGUGGGAGGCAGCAGCAGCAGCACUACUUUCCGGCGAAGCUCUACACGGAACCACCGGCGCAGAAGAUCUACCAGCCGUGGAAGACGCGGUCGCCGCGGGUCGUGUUCCCGCAGGGGGAUAUUACCGGACCCGGGUCCGGGUUUGGAAUCGAUAAUGUUGUUUUCAGGGAUCAAAACUUCGGCUUGAACGAGCUGGCGGCGAUCCAGGAUGUGCGGAACGAGUUCAACCAGGAUGACAUCAACGACGAACCGUCGACGUCCAGCAAAGAUCGAGUUGACUUUCCCCAUUCUAGCCCAAGUAGAUUCCCUCCGACACUCCCGAACACACCGACUGUCCAAUAUCCCACCACCUACCACCCAAAGUUACACCCCAAACUACCACCCCCUCCCCCACCACCAUCACCACCACAUUCACCACCCCAGCCUCAGUUUCCUUCCGCGAGUUCUAAGGCCGUGGCAGUGGUGCCAGCGAGUCGUCCGAAACCAAACCCGUUGUACCAACAGCGUUUUCCGUUGCACAGCAGUAACAACAACAACAACAACUUUAACAACUACAAACCCAGUGGUGCCAUCAUCUAUCGCAAAACUAAAGCAACGUCAUCUCAAACCGCAGUUGGUGGUGUUGGCGGCGGUGGGAGUGGAGUGGCAAGCGGAACGGGAACAGGAGGAGGAGGAGCAGCGGCGGCGGCGGCGGGGAUUGGCGACUCGGUCCGGUCGGAACUCCAGUGUCAGCACGAGGGCGGCACCUGCGAGUUCUUCCUGCUGUGCUGGAUGUCCGGCGGGUUGCUGCAGGGCUCGUGCGGCGGCCUGCUCAAGGGGUGCUGCCACCGGACGGCCAAGUCGGCCAACAUCGCCAUCGACACCGGCAACACGAUCGAUCUGACAAAUCUUCCAAAUUACGAUUACGGGCCGGUUGAGAACGAUCCCAGUGAGUUUGUUGUCACGUUGUGCUAAGAAAACGCGCCAUCU